CCCCCUUCCUUCUCUCUCUUCUCGCGAGUAGACGGCCGUCAACACCGCCCAUCGCCACCGCUGGUCGCCAUCGUCUAUCCGUUACCCUGCCUCGGGUGAUAAGCUCGGCCCUCCUUGGGGUCGCUUUCGCUCUCUCUCGAGCUCGAAGUAAUUAACUGUUAAACAACCAGAUGCUAGCUAAAGGAAGAAAAACUGCUGGGAGGGGUGAAGAGAUGGCUGGACAUUAUGCUUUUGGUCCUCUUGAAGAUGAUGUGAUAAUUAAACAUAGGCUUCUGACUCGCACCACAACUACCAGGGGUGAACCACCACUAAAGAAGCUUCAAAAGAAGUUUGUCUCCUUUGCACUUGAGAUCGAGAAGGAUGCAGAUAAUCCAAGUGACUGUGAGAGAUUGUAUAAGGCUUUCCUACAAGAAAUAACUACUUUCGAGCUCCCACUUCUUAAAAGCAGAGCAGUGGUUGAUGCGAACAUCCGAGAGAAAGAGAGCUUCAAUGAGCUGCAAGAAGAAAUCCAACGCCAAAUCUUACAUGCUCAGGCUGAUAUCGAGCACUUAAAGAAACAGCUCGAGGAGAGCAAGAUCGAGAGGCAGCACAAGGAGGAGUGUGAGGCCAUCAGGAAGCUGAUUGCUUUGCAGCCCCCAAGGUCAGAAACCCAGAAAAGUAUCUCAGAUCUUGAGAAGGAAAUUGCUACUUUGGAGGCAGAGAAUGCUGCAUGUGUGAGGACAUUGGAUCUCCGCAAGAAACAAUUCUCUCUUUUGCUGCACGUGGUUGAUGAAUUGCAGAAUACCGUUGAGGAUGAACAGAAGAGCCUGGCAGAUGAGCUCCGAGCUAUCAUGGAAGAGCAGAAGAUUAGCAUUGAAGAUGGUAGUGGUGGUGGCUCUGAGUCCAUGGCUGUAGACUAACUAGUGAUGUGCUAUGUUGCUUUAUGUGGGAACUCCCAUUGUGCAACCCUUGUUAUUUACUCAAACUCCAUGUGUGCAAUUUCGUGACUUAAAUUUGUUGUUUGAGGAAAGAAUUAUUAAUCAAAGAAAAUAUUCUUAAUCA